AUGAAGUGCUCACAUUUGACCCGGAGCGUCUUCCGUGCAAUCAUUGCCAACAAACCAUAUGCCAUUCGAGACUGCCAGAGAGUGAUCGGAAGGAGACCUGCCUAUCAGUCACCCUGCACCACCUAUCACUUCUACCAAAGACGACAUCUCUUUGGACUCAACUUUGGAGGUGCUCGACAGGGCUUCGAGGGUGCUAAAAGCACUCCUGCCAAUGUCGAACUUGCGCUGAGCAAGCUGGUUGAUCUCAUCAGGGCGCGAAGGAGCCAGUCUCGACUACCUCCGGAUAACGAAGUUGUCGAUGCUCUCAGAUUCCUGUUUACCUCUAGAAUCGAGUCCCCCCGACGCUUAACGAGAAAUGAGGUCUUCCUGGCCACUGAGGCUUUCAAGCAUUUACAAGAGCGUGGUCAUAUUUUCAUGGAAGACACCAAGACGAGUCUAUCAGAGGAAGAUCUGGACAAUAUUUUGCUGGCAUUAGCAUCUGCAACAGGUCAUGAUAGGUUUCGAACCGAUGCACGGAUUCUAGCAACCUUGGUCUUCGACGCACUCAAGGAUCGACCUGGGGCUGCAAAUGAUACCCACGUCCCCAUCCAGCCCAGUGGACAUCAUCGGGCUCCAGGUUCGCUCCUGUUGACCUAUAUUACCGUGCUCUCCAGAACAGGCUCAGCCCAGGACGCUCUAGAACUCCUUCGCAAAUCUCCCAACGCCUUAGAUCGAGCCAGCUUACCUAUGUGGACAACUGUUUUGAGAGGCCUCGCAAACGAAGGACGAAUGUCAGAGUUCUGGAAGCUCAUGCAGCAAGUGCAGAACACCGUCGGGCAACUGGAUGCUGUCUCUCAAGAAAUAUUAGUCACUUAUUUUGCACAGCAUGAUGAAAUUUCUACUUUGAAAAAGGUCUUCUCUCUACCUUUAGCGGAAGGUCAGCUGCCAACAACACCGACAUUAGUCAAGGUCGUGGACUGUGCGAUGCAGAACGGGGAAUUGGAAUGGGGCGCAAAGGCAGUGCACCUGCUGCAACAGAGGACCGAUGCAGGAGACAUAGCAGGGACUUUACUGCUCUGGCACGCUACGCAUGAUCCCGAUGUGAACCACAUACGCCAGAUGGUUCAACAGCUAUCGGAGCGAGGGGUUACCGAUGCAGUGUCAAUGAAAAGCCUGAACCGUGUUAUCGAGUAUGCAUAUACGCAAAAUAACCCGGAGACAGCCAUGCGCUAUCUGGAACUGGCCGAAUCUCUUGGUCUACACCCGGACGCCAGGACUCGAGCUUUGCAGCUGAAUUACGAAAUGAAGCGCGGAGAUCGUGCGGCUGCAGCCCUGGCUUACGAGCUUCUAUCCAGAGAAGAUAUACCCGUCGACAGGUCGGAUGUGCCAAUUCUAAACCACUACAUUGCCGCCUUGUCCUUCUCUGCAGAUCCUGAAUACAUGCAUCUGAUGCAGGUGGUUGACCACCUACUUGAAAGUGGAGCGGAACUAGAGGCUGAAGCAAUUGCGGGACUGUGCCACGUCUUCCUUCAAAAAGACGAAUUGGAAGAAGCAACAGGUUUACUCCGCCACCGCGUCGACAGCUAUCCCAUGGACGACCGGGCUAGAAUAGCUGCGGUCUUCCAACAAUUCAUCGUGGAUCCGACGGUCAAGGACCAGCGCGCCUACAAUGCCUACGAACUGUUCCGUCAUGCGUUCCCCGAAGCCCCGGUACGAGACCGUAUCACCCUGAUGCAGUCGUUCUUUGAUCGGAAUCGUCCCGACCUGGCAUGCCUGGUAUUCGGCCAUAUGCGGCAGCGUGAAGAUGUCGAAGCUCGGCCUACACCCGAGGCAUAUGCGAAAUGCUUUGAGGGGAUCGCCAAGUGUAAGGACAUCGACGGGCUACAGAUGGUCUACAAUAUGCUCAAACUAGACCUGGAAGUCGAACAGACGACGCGCAUCCACAAUGGGCUUAUGGCAGCAUACACGGAAUGUCAACAACCAUUUGUCGCGAUUAUCGAUCAUUUUUGGAAGAUCAUGGAGUCGCGCGAGGGACCCACGUUGAGCUCUUUUAUCCUUGCUCUGCGAGCAUGUGAGAGGUGGAUACCACAGGGCGGUCACGAGGCGAGACGUAUUAUGGCACUGAUGCAGAGUUUUAACCUCAUCAUCACAAAAGAAGUGUACGAUGCGUACAUUGGUGCCCUUGCUGGACAGUCCGAGUUCGAGAAUGUCGUGGAAUUGAUUGAGCAUAUGGAGCAGGAUACAGGCGAGCUGCCUGACGCUGUCACCAUUGGCACAUUCUACAACGCCAUACCCUGGCAGUAUCGCAAGGACGAGGUGGAGAAAUGGGCGAAGAAGGCCUAUCCAGAACUCUGGGCCGAGUUGGAAAGCUUUGGCGACAUCAUAGAUGAGGAGUGGGAGAUUAGGUACUUUAAGAUUGACCGCUCGGUGGAUAUGGACGACGAACUCUUGUUUCAGAAGGGCGAGUAUCAUCCUGUCAUUGCUCAAGAGAGUCAAGCGAGGUUGGAAACGCCCUGA